AUGAAAAAAUAUUUAUUAUUGAUAUUAAUAAUAAUAAUAAAUAUAAAAAUAAUAAAAUCAUUUGAAGAAAUUUCAAUUGAAGUUUCAAUAAAAGAAGAAGAAGAAAAUGGUACAAUAAUUAUUGAUUUAAGAUCAUAUAUAAAAUCUGAAUUAUUAUUAAAUAAUUCAAAUGAUUAUAUAAUAAAAUUUGUUCGUCCUUGUUUUAAUUUCUAUAUUGAUAAAGAAAAUUUAUUUCAAAUUCGUUCAUAUAAAAUUGAUCGUGAAAAAAUUUGUCCAUAUGAAAAAAAAUGUUAUUUAAAUUGUGAUUUAUUUAUUGAAAAAGAAGAAAUAAAAUUAAUAAAAUUAAAAAUAAAUAUUGAAGAUAUAAAUGAUCAUAAACCAAAAUUUAAAAAAAAAUUUUAUUCAUAUGAAUUUGAUGAAAAUUUAUCAAUAGGUUAUCGUUUACAAUUAGAACAAGCUGAAGAUAAAGAUAUAAGUGAAAAAAAUUCAAUAAAAAAUUAUUAUUUAAAUUUAUUUAAUUUAACAUAUUUUCCAUUUAAACUUGAUUAUAAUGAAAAAAAUCAUUUACUUGAAUUAAUAUUAAUUAAAAAUUUAGAAAAAAAUAAAAAUGAUAAAUUUCUUUUUGAACUUAUUGUUAAUGAUGGAGAAAAUGAAGAAGAUAAAUGUUUAAUUGAAAUAAAUAUUUUAGAAAAUCAACAAUAUAAUAAUUUACCACCAAAAUUUGAUUUAAAUUUAUAUCAAUUUUAUAUAUUUAAUUUAAAUGAAAAAUUUAUCGGAAAAGUUCAUGCAAUUAAUUUACAUAAUAAUAAUAAUAAUAAUAAUAAACAAAUAUAUUAUCGUAUAAUUCCAUCAAUAGAUAAUUCAAAUUUAUUUCAAAUAAAUGAAACAAGUGGAGAAAUUUUUUUAAAUGAAAUAGAAAAAAUAAAUUUAUUUGAUAAAUUUUAUGAAAUAUUUAUUGAAGCAUUUUAUUUAAAUUAUCUUUCUUCAUUAACAAAAGUUCAAAUUUAUUUUAAUUUAACUUCUCAAUUUAAAAAUAAUGAUAAUGAUAAUCAAGAAUAUUUUAUUCAAAUUUUAAUACCAAAAUUAUUUCAAAAAAUUGAUAAUCAAAUAUUUAUUAAAGAAAAUAUAUCUAUACCAAUAACAAUUCUUCAAUUAUUUAUUUCAUCAUCAUCAUCAUCAUCAUCAUCAUCAUUAUCAUCUUCAUUAUCUUCAUAUUCAUUAGAUAUGAUAACAUCUAUUGAUAAAAAUUUUUUUUAUUUAAAAAAAUUAGAUCAACAAUUAUUUGAAUUAAUUCUUUUAAAAACAUUUGAUUAUGAAAUUAUUCAAAAUAUUUAUUUAGAUUUUAUUUUAAAUAAACAAAAUUUAACAAAAAAAUCUAUUGAAAUUAUUAUUGAAAAUAUUAAUGAUUGUCAACCUUUUUUUAAUCAAACAAAUUUUUUUUUUCAUAUUCAAGAAAAUAAUCAAAUACCUUUUCUUAUUUAUACUUUUCAAGCUUAUGAUCAAGAUAAUUUAAAUCAAAUUAUUUAUCAAAUUCAAACUUCAGAUGAAAAUAUAUUUUCAAUAAAUUCAACAAGUGGAGAUUUAUGGAUAUUAAAAUCAUUUGAUCGUGAAAUAAAAUCAAAUUAUUCAUUAUUAAUUUGUGCAUUUGAUGGAAUUUAUCAAACAUGUUCAUCAAUAUUUCUAAAUAUUCUUGAUGAAAAUGAUAAUAUUUGUAAAUUUAAUUCAUCAUCAAUAACAUUAACAAUAAAUGAAAAUCUUUCAUCAAAUACAAAUUUAAUACAAAUUCAAGGAUUUGAUCCAGAUUAUAAACAAAAUGGAACAUUAGAAUAUAAAUUCUUACCUAAAACAUCUUAUUUAAAUAUUAAUUUAACAACAGGAAUA